UAUUGUCGCCAUAUUGUGCGUCUCUUGGGCAGUUUCCUUUUCCGUUUUGUCGCUGUGUCACUUUUUUUUGUCGUGCGCCUCUCUUUUUCUGAUCCACUUUUGCGUGGCGUAAUUUAGUUUUGCUUCAAUACAUUUUUAAGCAGAAAUGGGGGAUCCGUAUGCCUCGGGUGACUAUGGCAGUAGCGGCUACUCUCAAGCUCAGUAUUCCAUGCCACCUCCGCAGUUAGCUUCUGAAGAUAAUGCUAAUAAUUAUGGAUCUGGACAAUCAUACAGCCAAAAUAACUAUGGUACCCAAAACACGGGUCAAGACUGGAAUAACCAGCCAAGUUCCGGUGGUAACUCAUAUGGAAAUAGCCAACCCAGCAAUUAUGGUCAGAGCUACAAUUCCAAUUAUGGCAGUAGUGGAUAUGACCGUAAUAAUGGUAAUAACUAUAAUGCAAGCGGUGGCUCUAGUGACCGUAGUAGCAGCAAUUACAGUGGGGGUGAACGUGGGGGCUCCAACUAUGGCAGUGAUCGUGGAGGAUCUGGCUAUGGCAGUGACCGUGGAGGCUCAAAUUAUGGGAGUGACCGUGGAGGAUCCAGUUAUGGGGGAGAUAGAGGUGGAUCCAAUUAUGGAGCCGAUAGAGGAGGCUACAAUAGAGAUGGAGGAAAUAGAGAUGGUGGAUAUGGUGGCGGCGGCAGGGGGGGUGGUUUUAAUAAAGGUGGCGGCGGUGGUGGCUAUGGGGGAGAUCGAGGCGGGGGUGAUAUGAUAACACAAGAAGAUACAGUAUUUAUCCAAGGCAUGGAUCCCUCUACUACGGAAGAAGAACUGUGUCAGCAUUUUGGCUCUAUCGGUAUAAUUAAGACCGAUAAGAAAACACAGAGGCCAAAAGUAUGGAUGUAUAAAGACAAAGCUACAGGACAGCCGAAAGGAGAAGCUACUGUUACAUAUGAAGAUUCAAACGCAGCGAGUUCAGCGAUACAGUGGUUUGAUGGAAAAGAUUUUAAUGGAGCUACUAUAAAAGUUUCACUUGCACAACGCCAAAAUACAUGGGGCGGUGGUAAAGGAGGCGGCGGUGGUGGCUUCCGUGGCGGUCGUGGAGGAGGCGGAGGCGGCAGAGGUCGCGGAGGUGGUGGCGGCGGCGGCGGCGGUGGCGGCAGCGGCGGCGGUGGUGGUAGUGGCGGUCCACCAUCUGGUAAUCGUGAGGGUGACUGGAGAUGUCCCAAUCCUAGCUGCGGCAAUACCAAUUUCUCAUGGAGAAAAGCAUGCAAUAGAUGCAAUGAAGAGAAACCAGGCGGCGGUGGUGGUGCUCCUGGUGGUGGCGGUCGUGGAGGGGGCGGCGGUGGUCGUGGAGGACGCGGACGAGGCGGCGGCGGUGGCAGUGGAGGUUGGGGUGGUCGCGGCGGAGGCGGCGGGGACCGUGGCCCUGAUAGAGGUGGCGACCGACGCAGUUACGGCGGUGGUGGCGAUCGCGGCAGCAGCGGUGGUGGCGCUAUGAGGAAUGAUAGCGGUGGAAGAGACCGCCAAAGACCAUAUUAACUUUAUUAUAAUGUAAAUUUGUGGUUAAUAACUGUACUUGUGUAUGACUGACUUUGAAUUAAUUUAGUUAUAAUAAUAAGUUUUUAAUUAAACGACAUUAACACAUGUCAUAUUUCUAUAUAAAAAAAAGUAUUGCAAUAGACUAUAGGAAUAAAUUUAGAAUAUAGAUUUAUAAUCUCGUCCAAAAGUAGAAAGUUCCAUCUCUUUUUGAAGUUAUUUCUUCAACAAUUUCAAUAAAUGUGUAAUUAACAUAUUGUAUUCAUAAUCUGUAUGUAGAUAUAAUUAUGGGUAAAAUAUGUAGAAAAAUACUGUGUAUUCGUCUACCUUCAAUAUGACAUUUCAUUCAUAAUUUUACUAUUAAGUUAUGGCGAGUGUUUCGAUUAGGUUGUGUGAUUGUUCUGAGUUCACAAUAUGAAAAUGCCUACUUUAUAGUUAAAUUUUUGACAUUAAGACCAAUAAUGUAAUGAUUUAUUAGAAUAAGUGAUAUGCAAUUGAAAUAAAUAUCAUAAAACAAUA